ACAGUAGAAUCUCUGUGGGCGUCAUUUCUUGUCGUAUCGAUCGAAAGCCAUAUCAGUAUUCUUUUUCAUCUGCCGAUUUUCCACUGUUUAUGAUUGAGAUUUAUUCGCAUUCUGUGGGGUGAUUGGCUUCCGGUAGACAGAGCUUUCGGUCCGUGAGUGAUUUUUCUUUUUGUCCAACCCAGGGCUCCUCCCUUUCAGUAGCCUAGUUUUUCGUGCCGUUUUGUUAAUGCAAAGCUGCAUUCUCUGAGUUCCAGUUACGCAAAGACGUGUGUGUUUUCGAAACCUCCUCUGAAAUUACCCUUGGAGCUGCUCUCAUGAGUCAUUCAGUCGCCAAUUGUCCUGAUUUCGCCAGUUUGGCUAGGUCGCGAAUUCCUAAUGCGGCUCCGAGAAAUCGUGUUGAGGACUGUUCUACACGAAAUCGUACCGAGCGGUGCAGUUUUUUUUCAGGUAUGCAUGCGGCGAAGAUCACGAUGGGAAGGAGAGACGACGUGCUGUAAUAGUUAUUGACCCAAGAUGGGGCUGCAUGCGAUCGCCCCAACGAAAUUCUUCCUUUGCGUACCCGCGAUGAAUGGGCUAGGACCUUUCUUUGCGCUCCGCGAGGGGAACGUCCGGGUAGGGGGAACAGUACCACUUACGAAGGGAUCCUCAGGAAGUUCUUGCCGUGUACUCCCAUGGCCAAGAACGCGGGGAAGAGCGGCCAACCGCGUGUUCCAGCGACCGGUGUCUAACUGUCAGUGUUUCUCUCGAACUGCGCGCGCCCACCAUCUUUCCGGUUCUUCGGUCGUUUUAGCUAAUGCUAAUCCUGCGUCAUGCGCUCCAGGGUCGUCCUUCCGAUGUUUUGUGUCCGGUCACCGGUCAGAAGACCGCCCGCGCGACCCCGAGCGACGGUGUACAGACAUCCAGUGGGCGAUUCCUCUUUACUACGUUUCAACGAUUGCCGACGCAAGAGUUGCAGUCGAUUGGAUUCUUUCGUGCUGCAAGGAAUCUUUUGCUGGCGCAGCUGGUUGUUUUUCGGCUCCUCCGCAGCUGAGACGUCUUGCCAUGCUUCCGGAGACUAACGCCACUAGGUCUUUUCUGCAUCGAGGUCGUGAUUCGAAAGGCUUUGGUGACUCGGCUGCCGUAUCCGCUGUGUUUGGAACUCCCGGACAGGACUACGUCGAUGUUCUCGGCGAAGCUGCAGAUCUUUCCGGACCAGCGGGUUUGUUUGGUUCUUCGACUCGCUCGCGGCUCUUACGGUCUUCGAUAGGUGUGCACCUUCCCCUUCUGCCCGAGUCAACCCCUUUUGCCUCUACGCCGCAUGCACUGCGUCAUCCGUCCCAAUGCCCAUCCUCGCCACCCACUCCUGGUCUGUUGCGCGACGACAGCUCUCUGAAUUCUGCAGAAGGUGGAUGUCGAAAGGGAACACGCAAGGAAGACAAACGGGACAGUUAUUCCGAAGAAACCCAGCGUCUUCUUCACCACGGAGGCCGUACCGAGUUGUUGCGCUCACUGUACGUGUCGACGUCGACGGCUGUCAUUCUCUUCAGCUUCUGUUCUUCGCAUUCCUUCUCUUCUCCAGAGGACUCUUCUGCACGCCGCUCCAUCUCCUCUAUGUUUUUCUCCCCCUCUUCUUCUACUCCUAGAGUGUCCGGUUCUUCCAUGCGUCAGCAUCGGGAGCUGGUCCGCUUUGUGUGCUCGUCUCUGUUGGCGAAUCGCGAUGUCGCCAAGGUUUUCCACGGAGCGCACAGCCUCCUAUCUACUAUUUACUGGCAAUACGGGGUCUCUGCCUCGACGGUUGUCGAUAGCCAGGUUGGCCUUGCUUUGCUCUUGGACCGUCUGAACCUGGAGAGCAAUUUCGUGUCCCUCUUCAAAGCUCUUCGCAUCCAUUUCGGCCAAGAUGUCGCUGGCUGGGACCGUCUUGUGCGGGAGGAGAAAUAUUCCUCCCGUUCCGCUUCAUAUUCGUCUGCUUCGCCGGACGGCAGCCCGGACACAAGCCUUGAAUCGAAUUGGUUCGCGGAUGCCGGCGAGAGGGACAGAAUCCUCCAAAACGAAGGAGGGGGUUUGCACGAGGCGUUGCUAGCUGCACAUACUCUACCUUUUGCUGCCCACGUUUGUUCCUUACUUGGAGACGACGACGGCGCCUUUGUUCAGGCGCAGAUGGAGAGUGUUCUUUCCGCGUACUUGCGGUUGAAUCCGGACUUGUCCACACCACCUGUACUGUCUUUUUCUCAGCUGGCGAUGGGGGACGCCAGCGCGACAGGGAAGGAUCGCGGUAAAGAAAGGAGACCAGGUUUGUUUGGUUCUACACCUGGUGCCGCUUCGGCCCUGAACAGAGAAGAGCCCCGUCUUUUGCUUUGCCGAAAGGGCGCGUCUGCUUCCGCGGCUCCGAGUGUGAACCAGACACAAGAAGAAGAAGCAAAUGAAAACGACGACGUGGAAUGCAAAGGUGUUCGUCUCUUGCCAGUUCCGCCGGGGACUGUGUUGCAAGCAAUGCUGAUGUACAGAGAGACGGACAUGUUGUUUUUCGGUUUAAACCUAGGGCCUCUUGCAGGUGUCGCUGUCGGGAAGAGCGUCAGCCGCUUCCCCGAUUUGAAACCAGGCGACGUGGCGAAUUGCUGCGUUCUUGGGAGAAGCCCAUGCGGAAAGUUUCUUCUUCUGGACCGCGUCGGCGGCCGCAGUCUUGUUUUCGAUUUGAAGACCAAACGAAUGCUACCGUUGCCUUCUCUCGAGAGUGCGGAGGCGACAUCAUCGUCCAGCGCUUCACCUGGUAGAAGGAGCAAAAGCGGCUGGAGUCAAUCUGGUUCCUUCCUGAUUGAUGACACGCCAGUGGCAAUAUCACCCGGCGCAAACGACGAACCGUACAAGCUGACGUCGAAUGCUUCGCUGGUGGAUAUGAAGGCGCGGUUCACUGUUGGACUGGAUGAGAGACUUGGGAAGAGGUUCAGUGACAACGGCGGGCGGCCCAAGCCUUACAUUGGCCAGAAAAUCUAUAAGCUCGGCAAACGCGGUGCAGUGAAGAUUCGAAAGAAGUUGCCGCGCAACCUGUUUGACGAUGACGGGAGAAAUAAAUGAAGCGCUUUGCUGAAAGUAGUGUAACCUGUAUCUCAAACGAUUCACAGUCUCUGCAUCUUGUAUACGCGCGGUAUGGAGCACGUUUUGUUUUUUUCGUUACUGCACAGUUGGGUGCGUAGAGUUACGGGCACGAAUCCACUCGUACCUUGCACUUGGGUUCUCCAUUUGUUGAGCUUGACCCAACAUGAUUCGCAGGGAGUAGUUUUGUAAAUAUGCUGCCCGGGGAAACCUCAAUGUGCAAACGUAGCGAACGCCGCUCUUGAGGUUUGUUUCUUCUGCCUUCGUCUCACAUUGGGGACCGGGUUUUAAACGUAAAGCGAUGCCACGGAGUUUGAAUUUUGUCCAUUCGUUUCCGCUAGUGCCCACUUUCGGGGAACCCCCAUUUGUAUGUCUUUACUGUCUGAUCAGUGAACCUGGUUUAUGUCGUCUUUGUGAAAACUCGAUCUUGUCGAAGUCCAAAGCGAUAUCCUGCAGUUCCACAGGA